GAUUUUCAUAUGUACGUCGGAGUCACCUUUAAGCUUCGAGCAUAGUCAUCAGGCACAACCUGCUAGAUUGAUUUGAGAGCUGUGAAAGAGUCAGCCAAUAUCAUGCUGAGUCGGAGGUACUUGUUCGAGCGUCGACAUCCAUCGCUGACAUGCAAAGAGCUUCAAGUUGCAGCAGCGUUGGUAUUUGGCCGAUGGUGGACCACCAGAGCGCGUCGCAUGCAUCAGAUGUCGGUGAAACACUGCACAUCCCAAACCAGAGUUAAAGUCGCUUCAUCAAGCGGUCAUGCAUAUCUAGCAGGAUGAUGAACACGAAGGUUGCUGGUCCUCCGGAUUUUCCCAAAUCGCGGCUGAUCAUGAUGAAAGUACGGCGUCCCCACGGAGCGCAGCGACCGGACCUGGCUGGCGAGUCUGUCCGGCCUCAAAACCGAAUGACGUCAUGUGCAGACAAAUCCGGCUGUUUUUUCUACAGCAAAUUUAUGGGCCAAAAAAACCUUACUUGUCUUUGUUUCACAGUAGAUUGUAUUUUUAAACCUGACCCCAGUACUUAAGCCGCGUGCUGAUUUCCGGGAUGCUGCAUAGUGUUCAGCAUGGACACGUCUAUGCCCCCUCUGGACGGCACUCUGCUCACCGUUUCCGAUUUCGUCGACUUCCACGCUAAGCAAAACGCAGACAAACCAUGGCUCAUGUUCCUGGCCAAGGGGAAUCCGGAAGAACUCGUGUCCAUCUCCUACCAUGAGAUGGCGCAGGCGAGCCACCGCAUUGCGCACCGCAUGCGCCCAACCAGAGAGGGCCCUGAUGGGGAGGUCGUCACCCUGCUCAUCAACACCGACAGUGUCAUCUACGUCGCCGUCGUUCUGGGUCUCAUACGCGCAGGCUAUGUGCCAUACCCAAUGUCUCCCCGCAAUUCCCCCCAGGCUAUGUGCCAUAUGCUCGAGGCCGUCUCAUCUACUCGUAUAAUCGCCCACGGACCGACUGCAGCUCUCUUCCAACAGGUUCAGAGCGAGAUGCAGGCCAAGGGUACCAAGCUCCGCCUUGACGAACUACCAGGACUGCUAGAGGUAUUUCCCCAGUUUGGCGAAAACUCCGCCGCCGCAGCCAAGGUCAAGCCUUACCCACCUUCGGACAGGCCAAUUGACAUGCACAUGUCAGCGCUGUACUUUCACUCCUCGGGCUCGACCGGCUACCCUAAAUCCGUUGAUUUCACGCAUCGCAGGAUGUUGCAGUGGUUCGGUUCGACUAGUACCUACUGGUCUAUCACCUGGUGGUUAAAUCCUCUUUACAGGAUUUCUUGGCAGGGCUGGUAGUGUGUCACGCUACGGUUCGAUGGGCUUGCCGAGCUUCCACGCCAUGGGCCUCCUGCUGCAGAUGAUUAAUCCACUCGCGACGGGCAGAGAAGUCGUUGUGUACACCCCGCAGUAUCCUGCACCUCCGGUCGUCCCGAACACACAGAACGUUUACGAGGUUGCAAAGCUUGCAAAGUGCACUGGAAUGGUCGCACUACCCUCUUUCAUCGAGGCGUGGUCACACUCCUCAGAAAUUAUCGAGUACCUGAAGACCCUCAAUGUGCUGCUGUUCGGUGGCGCCCAGCUCGCGGUGUCCACCGGGGAUAAGCUUGUGCAGAUGGGCGUGCGUCUGCAGUCCACUUACGGAGGCACCGAGUUCGCGAACCCCUCUAUGGCGUGGGGCGGAGUCCUGGUAACAAUCGCUCGGCCCAACCCAGAUUGGGCGUGGUUUUGUGCGCCGCCGGAUGCUCCGAAUAUCAAGUGGGAGCCUCAAGGCGAUGGGACGUACGAGCUGAUUGUCUAUGAAACUGACAACUAUGACCUCGCCGUGUACAAUGUACCCGGAGAAAGGGCCUACGCGACUUCUGACCUUUUCGAACCGCAUCCGACGAAACCUGACCUUUGGAAGAUCGUUGGCCGCAAGGACGACGUCGUCAUUUUGAGCACUGGCGAGAAGAUUGUACCGCUAUCGCAAGAAGCGUACAUCACCUCGAGCCCGCUCGUUAGCGGCUGCGUAAUGUUCGGUCGGGAGCGCGAGCAGCCAGGCAUUUUUAUCGAGCCGCAAUCCUCAUAUGCCGUCAAUCCGAACGAUAUGGCCGCACUUGCCGCGUUUCGCGACAAGAUCUGGGCGCGCGUGGAGGAGGCGAACGCGCAAGCACCCGGAUUCGCGAAGAUCUUUAAGGAGAUGAUCGUCGUCACCGAACCCGACAAGCCCCUGCCCCGGGUGGCCAAGGGGUCCAUCGUCCGCAAGCAGGCUUCAGUCGUCUACGAGAAGGAGAUUGAACAGCUCUAUAAGAUGAUCUCUGCGAGCAUGAGCAAUGAGGGUAUUGAUCCUCCGAGGUCUUGGAAGGCCGCCGACCUGGAGCCUUGGCUCACUGGGCAGGCUAUGAGCCUCGUCUCACACGAACAACCCGUCGCACUCGCAGUCGAUCUGUUCCAGCAAGGCUUCGACAGCCUGAGCGCAACAUUCUUCCGUAAUCACAUCAUCGGCGCCCUGUGCGCCUCCGAGACCCUAAGCAUCCGCCAGGCAGCGCAAAGUGUCUCCGCGAAUCUAGUCUUCGAGAAUCCGACCAUCAAGCAGCUUGCAGAUGCGCUCGCUGCACUCGUCGAUCCAUCCGCCAGCGCUCGCGUCCGCAACCCCGUAGACGAGAUCCAGGCGAUGAUUUCCAAGUACACUGCAGGUCUGCACACUGCGCGGGCGGGAAAAGCGACGGAUGUUGGUACGGCACCGGUCGUACUCCUCACGGGCUCGACGGGCAACAUUGGCUCGCACAUCCUCGCGUACCUUCUCGCGGAGCCGCGUGUCGCGCGCGUGUACGCGCUCAACCGCCCGUCGGCAGACCCGCAUGAACGGCUCGCGUCCGCGUUCCGCGAGCGCGGACUCUCAGAGGAAGCCCUCAAGAGUCUGCGACUUGUGUUACUCGUGGGAAACGCCACGCGCGAGCGUUUCGGGCUUGAGGAAGCGCAAUACACCGAAGUCAUGGCAUCAGUGACGCAUGUCAUACAUAACGCCUGGACAGUGAAUUUCAAUCUCGCGCUGCAAUCAUUUGAGAGUCAGGUCGCGGGAGUGCGCAAACUCGUGGACAUCGCCGCCGCCGCCGCGCGACCUGUGCGGCUGCUUGUCACUUCAUCUGUCGGCGUCGCGAACGCGUGGGACUCCGCUAAGGGUCCCGUUCCUGAGCAGCUCCUGUUGAAUCCCGAGAAUGCAGCUGGCACUGGGUACAUCGCGUCCAAGUACAUCGUCGAACAUAUUCUCAGUGCUGCUAGGGAGAAGGGCGUUCUCGCCACUGCGCUACGCAUGGGCCAAGCCUGCGGACCGAAGGAAACAGGGGCAUGGGGGACGACCGAGUGGAUGCCGAUCUUGGUUAAGUCAAGCAUCGCGCUGGGUGGUCUGCCUGCACUGGACGGCCCCGUAGACUGGGUCCCACUUGAUGCCAUCGGCAAGGCAUACGUCGACUGGGUACUUGCGGAGGACGCCCUGCCCGCGUUCGUGAAUAUCGUGCAUCCGCGCCCGGUGGUCUGGGACACUGUACUCAACGGACUGCGGCGGGAAUUGGGGGACAGUCUUCCUCUCAUGCCAGUGAAAGAUUGGGUCGCAAAACUCGAAAAAUAUGCAAAUAGUCCCUCAGCGGAGGACCUCGCUCGGAUCCCGGCUCUGAAGAUUAUGAGCUUCUUCCGCUCGCUUGCUCAUCCAACUGCUUCGCGAGACGGCGCGGGCGCCGCUGGAGCUGAUGGGGCAAUGGGUGUCGCAUUCGAGACUGCAGAGCUCCUGCGCUCAAGCCAUACGAUGCGCAGGCUCCAGCCGGUGUCAGAGGAACACGCCCGUGCGUGGGUCUGCUUCUGGAAGGCGAAGGGAUUUAUUGCGUGAAAGGGGUUGGGCCUGUGUAUAGCGAGCCCUUGGUUUCUGGCGACACUGUGUUAUGACAUAUGUGCCAUGAAUGUACAU